AUGAAAACAAUCUCCAUAAUCGCAAUCAUAGUUGUACUCUAAUUAGGGUAGGUAUCAAGCUUGUCAUUCAAUGAUCCCGAAUGUAGUUCUAAAUAUUUGAACAAAUUUGGAACUGCAAAUAAUGCUGAUGGAUCAGGUGCUUCAAAAAUUGCAUUCACAGGAGAUGUCGCAUUUGUCUCAGGAACUGCUAACGUAAAAGUUAACUUGAGAUACUCUGAUGUUGAACUUUAUAAUGAUACAACAUACUUUGCUAGGUUUGUCUUGAUCUUAAAGUAUGGAAAUAUUACAUCCAAUUCAUAUGCCGAUCCAGUUUAAGUCACUGAUUUAACAAUAACACCAUCAAACAACUUCUAAAAAUAAUGGAGAUAUUAUACAUUCACAAUUCCAGGAACUGAAUUAAAAACUAGAUUGGUUGAAACAUCUAAUUCCAAUUAAUUCAUUUACAAAGGUUAUUAUGCACUUGCUUAUUAUGCAGCUGGAACAGAUUAACUCUAAUAUACAUUCUUUUUUGAAUUUUCUGUUACAAUUGAGAAAGGAACAGGUGCUGCACUUGACACUUCAUUCAAGCCUUUAAGUUACUAAUCCACUUUGGGUUGCACAACAAGUAGUGGUUGUAACGUCAAACCAGAUACAACAUUAAAGUGGUGCACUGAUUUAACAUGCACUGCAUUUGGAACCCCAGAUCUUCAUCUAAAUGAUUAGUUUGUUCUCUAAUAAGUUAUUAAAACUAGUGGAAUGAGUGGUUAUUAUUUGACUGGAACUGAAGUUUGGUACACAGGAAGUGGAUUGAAUAAGAAAGCCUCUCAAAUUACUUUAAAUAAUUCAACUCCAGGAUAGGUAAUUAUUUAAUUGAAGGCUGAAAUUGCAUGGAGAGCAGUUACAAUUAAAGUCACUUCUACUUUGUCAACAUCUUAAGCAGGAGGAAGAAGAAUGUUGGUUUAAACUGAAUUUGAUCCAGUCUCUGGAGAAACUGAAUAAAUUGAGUGUAUUAAGGAUGAAGGAUCCGAAAAAUGUGCAGAUUGUACAUAAGAAUGCGAUGCAAAUGGAUUUGCUCAUGAUGGAUGUCCAAGCUGUUCAGUUUUCCCAAUAAUUAGCAUUUGUUUUCUUGGCCUUAUUGUUAGUUUUCACAAUUUGAUUCAUUCAUUUAUAUCAUAUUGA